UACGUCGCUGCGCAAUUGACGCCGGGACGUGCUUGCCGCUGCUGCCGCCGCCACCGCCUGGGUGAAGCACUAUGGAGGGGGCUUCGGCCAAGCGCUGGUACUUCACCCGGGAACAGCUGGAAAAGAGCCCGUCCCGUCGCGCCGGCAUCGACCCGGACAAGGAACUUUAUUGCAGGCAGCAAGCGGCCAAUCUCCUCCAAGACAUGGGGCAGCGUCUCAAUGUCUCCCAACUGACUAUCAACACUGCCAUUGUGUACAUGCACCGAUUCUACAUGGUCCAGUCUUUUACACAAUUCCAUCGAAAUAGUGUUGCUCCAGCAGCCCUUUUUCUGGCAGCUAAAGUAGAGGAACAACCACGAAAACUAGAACAUGUAAUCAAGGUAGCACAUGCUUGCCUCCACCCUCUGGCUGCACUUCCUGACACUAGAAGUGAGGCUUACCUGCAACAAGUCCAAGACCUGGUCAUUCUAGAGAGCAUAAUACUGCAGACCCUGGGCUUCGAAAUAACAAUUGACCAUCCACACACACAUGUGGUGAAGUGUACACAACUUGUUAGAGCAAGCAAGGACUUGGCACAGACCUCGUACUUCAUGGCAACCAACAGCCUGCACUUGACCACAUUUAGCCUGCAGUACACACCUCCUGUGGUGGCUUGCGUCUGCAUUCACCUGGCCUGUAAGUGGUCCAACUGGGAGAUCCCAGUCUCCAGUGAUGGGAAACACUGGUGGGAGUAUGUGGAUGUCACAGUAACCCUGGAGCUUCUUGAUGAACUGACUCAUGAAUUCCUACAGAUCCUCGAAAAAACCCCUAACAGACUCAAGCGCAUUAGGAAUUGGAGGGCUUGCCAGGCUGCCAGGAAAUCUAAAUCAGGUGACCCAGGAGAAGAUGACUCCCUUUCAGAGCAGGCAAUCUUGAGCAUGAUCUCUAGGAGCUCUUCAGAUAUGAACAUCGCAGGCUUAAUGAGCAUGUCGACUUCUAACACAACUAGCACCGUGCCUUCUCUCCCAGCCAAGGAAAAGUCUCCAAAUGAUUUGAGCAGCAUGGAGAUGUUACAGGCUGACCACUGGCUGCCUUCACAGCAUUCUCUCAAGCUGGAGUCUACUCAGGGUCAUCGGACUAAUGAGCAUCUUGCACUUAUGGGAGCUGACCAUUCUUUGCAACAAGACCCAGCGACAUUUGUUUCUCAGAAGCAGAGCAGCAAAAGUAUUCCCACUGCAAAGGUGUCUCUGAAGGAAUACCGAGCUAAGCAUGCUGAGGAACUGGCUGCUCAAAAGCGACAGCUAGAAAACAUGGAGGCCAAUGUGAAAUCACAGUAUGCAUAUGCUGCCCAGAAUCUACUAGCCCAGCAAGAGAGCCAUUCUUCCUCCGUCAUUCUGAAAAUUCCCAUGGAAAGUUCUGAAAACCCAGACCGGCUUAGUUUGGAAAAGGCAGACAAAGCAGCUCUCAAAAUGAGAAUCCCUAUGGUAGGCGGAGGAGAUAAAGCCCUUUCUGCAAAACCUGAGGAGAUAAAAAUGCGUAUUAAAGUUCACACAGCAGCUGAUAAACACAGCUCUGUGGAUGAGUUUGGGGCAAAGACCCGAGAACACAAGGAGAAGCACAAGGUCCACACAUCUAAUCAUCACCAUCACCACCACAAUCACCACUCACACAAACACUCCCACUCCCAACUCCCAGUUGGUUCUGGGACCAAGCGAAUGGGUGACUCAAAACAUAGCAGCAGCCAGUCAAACAUCUUGGCCCACAAAGCCUACAACUUGUCUGGCUCCUCUUCCUCUUCUAGUUCAGCCCGUAAAAGGCCCCUACCUGAGGAAUCUGCAGUAAUGUAUGAGCACCCUGCCAAAAUUGGCAAGACCUCUAAAUCAUCCUCUGUGACUUUCCCUUUCCCACCUCUCCCUGCAAUGACACAGUUGCCUGGGCAUAGCUCAGAAACAAGCAGCCUCCCCUUCUCCCGAGCCCCUCAUGUGAAAUCGGACAAAAGCUCCACUGGAGCAAAUGGACACAAUACCACCCAGACGAUAGACUAUCAAGACACUGUUAACAUGCUCCAUUCACUGCUUAGUGCCCAGGGCAUGCAGCCCACACAACCCUCUGCUUAUGAAUUUGUUCACUCUUAUGGUGAAUACCUGAAUCCACGGGCUAGUGGGGUCUCCUCCAGAGCAGGCAAUUUAGACAAACCCCGACCACCUCCUCUACCAUCAGAACCUCCCCCACCACUCCCACCCCUUCCUAAGUAAAGAAAAAAAAAAGAGAUUCCCUUUUUAAACUACUGAGUCUGGACUAAGAAAAUUACUUUCCAUUUAUGAAAUUUUUGUCACUCUCCUUGGGCCAGGGAAAGGAGGGUGUAGAGGGUAGGAUGUUAUUAUAUCCGCUGCCUCAGAAAUAACUAUUUUAUUAUAGUUUUUACUGGUAUUAGAGAAGUGAGAAUUCCUUAAAGCUGUGAAGGAUUGAAAACACUUCCUCUGUUUUUGCUCUUGUGUCUCCUAACAGGGUGGUUGGCAUUGGUGGUUUUUUUCUCCUUUCCAACCCCUAAAAUUCCCUGUCAGGACUGAAAAGUCUUUCAAACAAAAAACAAAACUUGUGGAACUAUUGGGGUUUUAAUAUAUCAAAAGAGAGGAAGUAUUUAAAUGUCAUAAAAAUCUUUUUAAAAGUAAUUUAAAAGUAAGUUAUCUGUUAAGUUUUUUUAUAUAUAUAUAAUUGGGGAAGGGAUGUGAGUCUUGCUGGAUUGAUGUAAAACAGCAUUGAUUUGAGGGAGGGAGGGGAUGGGAGGGCAGGGAGAAGGCUUUUGGCCUUGCCCUAGGCUCAGAGACAGGCCAUGGGCAAUUUGAAAUGUUGAGACCUUUUGGUUUGUGUGUGCAUUUAUUUUUCUUUUUAUGUGUAUAUUUUUAAAAAUCAUGUUUCACGUUAUCUUAGCCUUCCUUUCUCAAACAGUUUUUACUAUAGGGAAUAUAGCAUGUCUCAAAGCUUUUAACAGAAAAAGAAGAGACAUGGGUUUUGUUUAGUAUUUUCCCCUUUGUGUAUGAUGUAAUAGGUAGCAGAAUGUGAACAGUUAUAUGGCAGCAGCUCUCUAAAUUCUAAUCAAAGCCUUCUCCGCAAUCCAUUCAUUGUCCUGACUUUACCAGUUCGAUUUUAAAUCCUAUUUUUAUUUCCCUCUCUUUAAUGUCUUUGUGAAGUAAAGAAUAAAGGUGGGGGGUGGGAGGGGUGAAGGAUGGAGCAAGUUGAUCUCUUGUGCAGAAUUCUGUUUUUUGUGGGGUGUUUUUUUUUUCCAAGUUAGGCUUUGAAAAGCUUCCAUAUGUGAACACUUUCAUGGUUUCCUGUGGGAGCUGGAAUAUAACAGUAAGUACCAUGUUCUAUCUAGCAAAGUCCAGUCCAUAUUUAUUGAUCUGAGGUCUGUGAGAGAAAACACUGGAGGAUAUAAAAACAAUGGAAUUGUGAUUUGGAAUAUAGAAAAAUGUAUUUUAAACUGUAUUAUGAAUGUGAGAUUUGCUUUUCAUCCAGGUUGUUGAAAGGAAAUGGCUUCUUCUCAGAAAGUAUGUUGAAUGAACUUCUGAAAAUGGGGUCAGUAUCAAUUGAGCCAAAUGGGUACCAUUUAAGUAUGGUUACUUGGAUAAACCAGCAUGUGCUAUGGACACAGUCAUGCUUAGCCUAUCCAUCCAUGUGGGGCUUACUCAGGGUCUCUGGCUCCAGGAACUCUGGAGGGAGCUUGUCAGGAGACUUUUAAAAAUUAAGGUGUUUAAAAAAAAAAAAAAGAAUCCACUGACCCAGAAGCUCCAUAUUCAAGAGUGAACAUAUUUGGUGAAGAGGAAAAUCUUAUCAUUUACAAGUAGCUAUUAAGAAUCCAAAGCCAAAUUCCAGCAAGUAUCUUCCUAACCUUGAAAUUUGUGCAGUGAUUAGUCAUAUGCAGUUUUUCUGCCCUGCCGGAGAGCUGUCUGACCAAAGGUGCAAUGUAGAUUUUCAUUGUAUCUUGAGAAACAGUCUUGGAUUUUUAAAUGUAGCAUCUUUCGCACCAGAUGUUCUUAAAGAAGAAUUAGAUUUCUUGUUUUCAUUGAAGCUGGCAAGGGAGAUGGGAAUUGCAUUUUUACCCUAGAGAGGAGGCUCACAGAUCCAAGGAGUCCUAAUAGGAACAAUUUGCCUUGUUCAGCUCUGAAAGUCUGAUAUGAUAAUGAUUAGAAAAAGAGAGAGAAACUGACCCAGUAGAAGAAAUUUGAGAAACAAGCCCUAACUGAAGGGAUUGGACAAAAAGACUGGUUCACAAUUGGGAUUUCUUGGGCUGUUUCUCUCUGCCUGUUUAAACUUUGCUUGCUCUGUGCUGUGUAAAAUGAGGAACUCUGAAAACCUGUUAACUGGUAAUGCUUCUCGACUUGAAUGGCACUUGGUGGCUUUUUGAUUUGGUUUGGUUUGGUUUUCUGUGUGGUGCUAAGCUGUUGGUAAACCAACAAUUCAAUAAUUAACAGCGAAUACUUGGUUUUACAUCCAGAUACACAGUUGUAUACCAUUUCUGGGAAUUUGGAUUGUGUUGCUUAUAAGGUUUUUGCCCAUCAUUUGUUUUAAGUUUUGUUUCUGUAGAGGUUUCUUUCUGUUCUCCUUUGGUUUUGAGGGUUUGGGGAAGGUGUGGGAAUUGGGGAGAAUCCUCCUCCUCUUAACCUUCCCAAAAGGACAUUUACCAUCUAAUCAGCAUCUGCAGCUUUGGUGGGUGGUGGUAAUCAGGCCCUUUUCUUGUUUUUCAUCAGACUUCCUUGGUCAGUGCCGUAACAGAGGCACCUAUCCAUACCAGCCUGCUAGCACACAUAGUGAGUUCUUUGAUAAGGACUAAACUGGGACAAAAUAUCUAGGGAAGGCCACAGACAUAUCCUUCCUACUGCCUUAAUCUGUAUUAUCUUGGCUGGACUAACUAGUUUACUGCUCAUACAGGCCAAUCUAGAGCUGGCUCUAGUUUUAUAAGUAUUAGUGCUUGCUGGGUCCUGACUUCAGUGAGAGCUGCCAGCAGCACUUGCUUGCAGAUCUAUGCAAUAGUCCGAGUUUAUCUCGUGAACCACACCACACCCCCUCCAUUCAUUGCCUUAACUCCUCCUCUGUCCCUCAACCCACAGAGUGGACUGAGGCGUUAUAGAUCCAAAAUUACUUGGGUGUUGAUGACAUUUUUUUGUUUGCUUGAGAUUUUUAAAGAUAAUAAGGAUCAGUGAGUGAAAUCUGAAGCAUGAGUGCACUGACUCAAAAUGAUUCAAUUUACUCUAUCUUGAUGGUGAAAAGAAAUUUUCCCACCAGAUCUCAGUGCUGCUAUAACAGCAGCUGCAAGAAAAUGUCCAUCUUAAAGCUACUUUUGUGAACUAACAUCCUAGUUAAAAAAGCUUUUUAUAGUCUUUGAGUGUAGAAAACACUUUGGAGAUUUAUUUUAUCCCUCUCGUUUAGGUGUCAAUAUGUUUUCUUUUGAAAACUCCUGCCAGUGGUAUAUUCAAUUAUAUAUAUAACUUUCCUUUUUUGCCAGGUGAGCUGGCAUUUUUAUGGCUUCUGAGUUUUAGUCUUAGUACAUCUUUUUUUGAGUUCAUAUUCCUGGUUAACCAGUGCUGAAAUCUGAUCAGUAAUGAAAAGGGUAGAAAUUUUAAGAAUUAGUCUUCUAUUGAAGGCUGUGGAUUAAGAUAUUGAGAUUAAAAUCAUGAUAACAUCUUUUAUGGUGUCUAAGCUUUCUAACUAGCUUAAAUUAUAAAUUCUUGACCCCUUUAACAACCCUCCAGGGCAUGGAAUUUAAAGGGGGCAUCCCUAUCACAGUAUAGUUAGAUUUAAAUGGAACAAUGUUUUAUCUCUCAAACAGAUUCAUCUUUCUCUUUGCUGGCACUUUUGAUAUUUAUGGUAGGAAAGGGAGACUCUUCUUAGAGUGGGACACAAAUAUUCUUCAGGGCAUGGGGGAGUUUUAUGGUCUAUGCAAUCCGUCAGUGGUGAGAAAGAUGUCCACAAUGGUUCCACUGAGCUGUCGGUGAUUUUGUUACCUCCUGGAAUCUCAUGUAACUGCUUUUAACACCAAGUUAUCAAAUGUUUGGUCCUGAUGUUAAGAAAAUAUUUGUAUUGCACCACACCAUUGAUUUUAAUUUUGUCUUUGUACCCCUCUGUGGACCUAAAUUUCAAACAAGCUUUGUACUGUAAUUCUCCAAUUUGUAUAAAGAGGUUUGGGGUAAGAGUUGGAGUAAUUUUUAAGUGAAUCCCUCCAUUUUAAUAUGUUUCUUAACUAUUUAAUAUAAACUUGGAAUCAGGGGGGAGAAGGGUGGGGAAGAGAGGGAAAGAAUAAGAGAAUAAUGUUUACUAAAAACCAGUGAGUGAGUUAACCGUGAUUGACUGAAAUGUCAGAAAAGACUGACUCAGGAUUUAUAUCGCCAUGUUGAACAUGGAGAGGGAUGCUUGACAGCAUGUGAAAGCUAUAUUGAUUAAUUGAUGCCAGAGCAAAUAUGUGCUCCUCCAGAUAUUUGGGUACUUUUUGGUGGAAAACUGCAUGACUAAUUAGCAGUUGGAGUAUGCUGGAAUUGUUUGGGGAGAAGUGAUGAUUUAUUUCAUGUUCCACACUAAAGAAUACAACAGCCUAAACACUAAGUUUCUGGUUUUGAAACUGUCCCUUCCCAGAUCCAUCCCCUUAUAUCAGACCAAAGAACACCAAAAAAUAAAAACAACACCCUCCACCCCCACCUCCUGAACACUUUAUUGAUCUUUGUCACUCAGGUACUACUACUUUGUGGUAAGACUUUUAUGUGUUUUCUUUAUAUAGUUCCCAAGAGCCCUUUCUGCAGCAUAGGCAUACUCUGCCGCAUCAGUCCACCCAGGGGUACAUGAGUUGGGAUGUUAUGUUAUCCCUUGUAUAUCUUCUGCUGGUAUGUGAAUGAUAGGACAAGAAUUACAGUAAGGGCUCUUUGUACAAAAAGGACUUUUUUUUAAUUGUAUACAUUUUAUAGUCUGGCUAUCAGUUGUUUGAUAUCUUGCUGUCAAGUAUGUUUCUCUUUGUAUUUAUCCACCACAUCAAUAAAUGCUAAAAGGUAAAGAAAUUA